UCUUUCCGUUUAUUUCAAUUCUUACUCUCGCGAUACAUGGCCGUUACCGCGACUAAUAUUUAAUUCAUUAAGAUAUUAAGAUUUACUACGGCAAUAUUAUACGCAUAGAAUUAUAUUAAUCAAUAAUAAAAUUAUUAAGUGUUGAUAAAUUUUAAUUAUAUUAUAUACAUAGAUCAGACACAGUAUUAAUGGUAGACACUAAAAUAGUAAUUAAUAGUAAUUAAUGAUGCCUUGGAAAUUAAUAUUUUGGUUCGGUUUGUUCAUCUUUUUAAAUUCUAUUGCAAUGUUACAAAGCGUAAGAACUUGGAGCGAUAAACAACUCUUCCCUUCGAAUAAAAUUCCGGAAGAUGGCUUGAGUACUCGUAGAUCGGUGGUGCGAAGAAAAAUAGUACUCUAUCAUAAUUUUUUUCGAACCAAAGUUAGACCAACUGCUUCCAACAUGCUGUUAAUGUCGUGGCAUCCACUAGCUGCUCGUCAAGCUCAAAAUUACGCAGAGAGAUGCGUUUUCUUACAACACAAUGACGCGGCUGAAAACACUGUGCCCUAUUUAGGUUCAUGCGGACAAAAUCUUUUCGUUGCUUCACGGAAGACUCCAUGGUUCUUCGCAAUAAAAAAUUGGUUUUUGGAGUAUCAAAAUUUCACAUAUGGGGCUCCGAUAAGAAACCUUAAGGCAGUAGGACAUUACACACAGAUGGUUUGGGCGACUUCGCAUAAAGUCGGUUGCGGUGUUGCACAUUGCCCAGGAGGUCCUUGGGGUACCUUCUACAAUUACGUUUGUCAUUAUUGCCCGGCUGGCAACGUGGAAACCAUAAUUCAGUAUCCAUACAAGAUCGGCCCUCAAUGCGGUGACUGCACUGAAAGUUGCGUGUCUGAUGCACUUUGUACCAACUCUUGCCCAGUUAAAGACUAUUUCUCCAACUGUAAUGAUCUUGUAAGAGUUGCUAAUGUCUGUCCACAAGGUACUUGUAAUGCAACAUGCACUUGUGGGAACCAAAGGUUACACAAGAAUUAUCCUUGGUAGAAGAUACUAUUAUAUUUAAAAUGUCCAUCAUUUUAAGUUUCUCUAUAAAGUAUUCUAGCUCUACCAUAAGCGUGACAUCUUAAGCAAUCGUUAAAUCGUUUAAUAUUUGUAUGAUAUAUGUUACGUGCGCAUAAGGUAAAGGCCGAUUUACAUUAUCUUAGUGUUCAGGAGAGUGCUUUAGUACAACUUGAAAGGCAAGUUCUUUAGCGUAGCGUUUACUAAAGCAAGUAGCGUUUACAUGUUUCAACUAAAGUACUAUCCUAAAGCACUCUCCUAAACACUAAGAUAAUGUAAAUCGGCCUUAAGGUAAUAUUACAGUAGGGUUUGUCAAAUAAUUGUAGAGCUACUAUAUUUUACAGUCACGGGAUGCUAAAAGCUGUUUAUAUAAAAUUACCUUAUUUACCUACUUUACUUAUUAAGUACCCUAAAAGCACGUGACCUUGAUUCUUGAUUAUUAGCAACUCUUGAUAAUAUUGUUAGUAAAAUUAUUUUAAAUGCUCUACAAAUUAUUAAGAAAUAUAUUGUUGUAGCUGAAGCUUA